UUUUCAUUCGUAUGCUAAAUUCGGAAUAGACUUUCUACUGCUACUGCUAGAAAUCGAAGUCAGGCUACUUUUCGUUCCCUUUCGCCUUUUUUGAACCACUUUUCUGCUUUUAAAGCGUGAUUACAGCCCGACCAAAUAACUUUCAUUGCUUUUCAUUGGUCGGACUGAGUGAACGAGCACGCCCCCAUCACCGAACGAGUCAUUGUUUUGACUCAGAAGGAGACCGAGCAAGAGCUCCUGAGUGCUGAGUGCUGAGUGCUGAGUGCUGGCCGGCGACACGACACGCUGUUCGUCUGGUGAUUUAGUAAGCAUCGUUCACAACAACGCAAAGGAAGCGGGAGAAUUGAAGUGAUACUCAAACUUUUUUCAAGAUCUCAUACAGCUAUAACGAAAAAUUACGUUUCGGUUGUGAAUGACUCGGUUUUUAGCGAUUCGGUUGAGUAAAUUGAAGCCUCUACUUAAACACGCACUGGUCGCCAUCUACUGGAGGAACGAUGCAAUUCACAAAUCCGUGAACAAAUCCGUUUUGCGAUUCGAGUCACUAGGAUCAAUCCAGUUUCCCACCAGUGACCCAGUGUGCCCACGCUGCAGAACAGCAGAACGCCUUUGGAUUCAAACGCGAUCGACUCCCUCCUAAAUUAGGUCAACCCGACCAAUCUGAGGAUCCACUGACCUCGCGGCAUCGCCAGAGGGAGGUCCGAUUACCGAUUAAAACACCAAACGGGACAGGGUGGUGGUUAUGAAAAAAUGGUGGUGAAAGUGAAGAUUGGAGAUGAGAAACACAAUCUCAGUGAGCUGCUGGACUGGCUCAAUGACAUCCUGCAAGCCACUUUCAGCCAAGUGGAGUACACCUGCUCUGGUGCCGCCUUUUGUCAGUUGAUGGACAUCAUUCACCCUGGAUCUGUUGACGUAAAUAAAGUGAAGUUCACAGCAAAAGAGAAUGCAGACAUCUUGGAUAAUUACAAUCUGCUACAGGACGCUUUCAACAAGGCACAAAUCAAGAGAGAACUAGAACUGAAAUUGUUGGUGAAUGGAGACACCUUGAAAAUAUUGGAUUUGCUUUCGUGGUUCAAAGAUCUUUAUGAUCACAAUGUUGCACAGCAGAAAUAUAACACUCAGGAGGGUUUUGUUGAACGGGAAGUGGUGUCAUUGAAAUCAAGAAGAGAAUUUGAAAUCUCUAAGAAGGAAGAACAAUCUUCAAGACUCUACAGUCCUGUACAGACAAAAUAUCUAAACCAGAAUUUUAAGAAGGGAUCACAUGAGUCUUCCUUUCGAAAUCUGGCCACAAUGUCUUUCAUCAGAAAGUAUGGCUCACCUGAUGCUGGAUCAAAAUUUGCCAGCAGCAAGGAUAGUCUAGUAUUAGGCCAGAAAUGUCAGGAAGACAUUACAGCCUUCUUCAUUCAGACUCCAUACUGCCUUUAUUUAUUCAAUGGAGUUGCGCUUCAGGACGAGAACAAGGCCAAUGUUCUGCUGUUGGGCUUUUUUGACAAAGCUACUGGUGAAAACAAAUUCAGAUUGCUUGAUGUUCUUCAUCCAGAGGAAGAGACUGCUGAUGCCAUCUGUAGAAGCAUUGUGGAGAUGCUGAAGAAGUUUACAAUACCUCUAAUGAACAUGGCGAUAUUUUAUUCAAAUUUCCCAGAUCACGAAGAUCUUCUCUCGGGUCUAAAGUUGCUGAAACCUGAGAUUGUGUCUUUAUGUGGACUUACAGAUAUGGCAGGACAAGUGUGUCACAGUGGUGUUGAGAAAAUGGAGAUUUCUGGCCCGAUUGUGAAUCUCAUCACAGAGAUCUACAAGCACUUUCCAUCUUUUCCAGAUUCUCUACAAACUUUGCUUGAAGAUGUUGAUUGUUCGAACUUCAGUAAUAUCCUGACGUCCCAAUGCUCUCUCUUCUGUAGAAUCAUCCAGAAAAUGACUUUAGCUUGGUCAGACCUUGAGAAAUACUUUGGAUCUCUGGAUGCAGAUGAAAAAGUGAUCUGCCGUCGUCUUAGUGAUCCCAAAAUAAGACUCAACGUCCUAUUUCUUAGCCACGCUUUGCAACCGCUUUGCGAUUUUCAGGAGAAUAUUGACCGAGGUGUCAGCGUGACACAGCUCCUCCAAGAUGCUUCUCAAUUAGUGAGAUUCUACACGGCGAGUUUCCUCAGACCAAAAGCAGCAGAGUUUUUUCUCAGAAGAGGGAAGACCUCGCUUAUACAGGAAACAGUAGGACAUUUACCUAGAGGAGAGGUUGAAGUUGGCAAACAGGCUGCUGACUUUCUCCUGCAAUGCUCUGAAGAGUUGACUGACUACUUGGAGACAUUCCACAGUUCUGUCAUCUCCUUCUACACGACUGUGACUGUUAAUAUUGUUGAAUGUUUACCCUUCUCAGAUUCCACCAUGAGAAACUUGUCAUUAGUGUUGUGUCCAGGAAAAAAGCUUGAAGUGACUGGCAAAAUAGUUCAAGAUUUAGGUGCCUGUUUUGGGGUUUGCUCAAGCCCUGAGAAUGUCAGCUUACUCACAGAUGAGUUUUUGGAGUACCAGUUCAUUGAUGGAGCUGACACACACCCAGCCGACCAGUCAAUGGAGGAGUACUGGAAGACUGAGCUGAGAAUUAUGGGAAGGACAUCAAGUUUUGGGAAAUUAAUCGUUAGCUUGUUGGCUUUGCCCAGAACAUUGAAAAAAGAGAUCAUUUUUGAACAGUACCAGUUCAUUGAUGGAGCUGACACACACCCAGCCGACCAGUCAAUGGAGGAGUACUGGAAGACUGAGCUGAGAAUUAUGGGAAGGACAUCAAACAAGAUUCAUAUGCCUCGAUCCGUGAAUAGGAACAUGGAAAACCACAAAGACCCUAAAGGAAAGUUAUUUAAAUUAACUGUCUCUCUCAGCAAACUCCCUGAAUCCCUGGACCUGCACAAUGGCUUGAUAGACCUUGGGACAACAGAAGUUUAUAGGAAACGCAUGGAUUCAAAAUGGAAUCAGAGAUCCUGGCAGACUGUGAAGACCCGUAGAAAACAAAAAUACACACAGCGGAAUAAGCAUCAAAAGAUUACCCCAAGCGUACAUAUCGAGUCCAGACAGAACAGCCAAAAAAGACAUCAAAUGGUGCAUGAAUUUCUGGAAAACAAGAGAAACAUAGAAGAGUUUUGCUUAUCAUGUGGGAGUACACCUGUCGAAAUCAUCCACCCACUCUUUGAAGGAAGGCUGUGUUCAAACUGCAAGUAUAAUUUCACGGAGACGCUGUACAGAUAUGAUGAAGAUGGCUAUCAGUCGUACUGCACCGUUUGCUGUUCAGGCAUGGAGGUCAUUCUAUGUGGUCAUGACAGCUGUUGUCGAUCCUACUGUGUGGACUGUCUGGAUAUCCUAGUGGGUGAGGGGACAUUUAACCAGCUGAAAAAUGUGGAUCCAUGGACCUGUUACCUUUGUGCACCCGAGAGCAGCUCUGGAGCUUUGAAGCCCAGGCAUGACUGGAGCAUCCGUGUGCAGGAAUUCUUUGCCAACAACAGCGCCAUGGAAUUUGAGCCCCACCGUGUUUACCCAUCAAUCCCUGCUAACCAGCGACGUCCAAUCAGAGUGCUUUCCUUAUUUGAUGGUAUAGCCACAGGAUACCUUGUUCUGAGGGAUCUUGGCUUUAAAGUGGAAAAAUAUGUGGCCUCAGAAGUUGAUGAAGAAUCCAUCACCAUUUCUAUGGUUAACCAUGAUGGAAAAAUCACUCAUGUUGAUGAUGUUAAGAACAUUACGAAAAAGCAUAUUGACAAAUGGGGCCCGUUUGAUCUUCUCAUUGGUGGAAGUCCUUGUAAUGACUUGUCCAUAGUCAAUCCUGCUCGGAAAGGCUUGUAUGAGGGCACAGGGAGGCUCUUUUUUGAAUAUUAUCGACUUCUGAAUGUUAUGAAACCGAAGGAAGAUGACCCACAACCGUUCUUCUGGCUGUUUGAGAACGUGGUGUUCAUGCAAACCCAGGUUAAAGCUGACAUUUGCCGCUUUCUGGAAUGUAACCCUGUGCUUGUUGAUGCUGUGAAAGUGAGUCCAGCUAACAGAGCAAGAUACUUCUGGGGGAACAUACCUGGCAUGAACAGGCCAAUCAGAGCAUCUCAGAAUGAUAAACUCGCUCUUCAGGAAUGUCUGGAGCCUGGCCGCACUGCAAAGUAUGAAAAAGUUCGCACUAUCACCACACGGUCAAACUCACUGAAGCAGGGCACCAAUGACGCCCAUUUCCCCAUCACCAUGAAUGGAAAAGAUGACAGUAUAUGGAUCACAGAAAUGGAGAAAAUAUUUGGAUUUCCGAAGCAUUACACAGAUGUGAAAAAUCUGGGGCGUAUGCAGAGGCAAAGAGUGCUGGGGAAGUCCUGGAGCGUCCCUGUCAUAAGACAUCUUCUAGCACCUCUGAAGGAUUACUUUGCUUGUGAUGAGGUCCCCUUCAAAUGAACUGACAUUGAUGAUUUUAAUCUUUUUCUGUCAGUGUGAAAAGACUCGGGACGUGAGAAUUUGUUGCUUUUAAUUGUUUUACCUUUUUUAAAACUAAAAUGGUAGGACUAACUGAAGAAUUGUUUAGGGAAAUGGAUGCUGGGAAACUGAAGAAGGUUGAUUACAUUUUAUUGAAUGUUCCGUCAAAUCACGUCAAUUUUU